AUGGGCACCUUUCGAAUUCGCUGGAACCGGCGAGGCGGGCGUUCGGCAUCACGACUUUCGCGGGGCCUCUACUACCUGGUGACCGCGGCCCUGUUGGGGGCAACGUUCGCUUUUGCGGCCACCGCCACCUUCCUGAUCGCCUCCUCAGCCGCAGAUCCGGCCGUUCCGGAUCUCACGAGCCUCGAACUCGAGGCCGCCGAAGCCUUGCUCGGCGGAGUGGGCCUUCGCCUCGCGGUGGGGCAGGCGCGGUUCGACGAUCAGAUUCCCGAAGGCCGCAUCGUCUUCCAGAAACCGCCGCCCGGUUCUUUCUUCAAACGUGGGCGUUCCGUCCAGGUAUUCCGCAGCCUCGGGCCGACCCGCCGGGUGGUUCCGCGGCUUGAGGGCAGCACCCUGACCGAGGCCCGGCGCCAGAUCGAAGCCGCCGAGCUAACUGUGGGGCGGGUCGCCGAGGUGGAAAGCGACACCUAUCUCGCCGGUCGGGUCAUUGCCCAGUCUCCCGUGGCCUACACUGAAACCGUCCCCGAGACCUCGGUGUCGGUGCUGCUCUCGGCGGGGUCGGAACCCGAAUCGUUCGUAAUGCCGGAUUUCAUCGGACGGCGGUACGGAGACAUCGCGGAUGACCUGAGCCGAGGCGCGGUCCGGGUACGCGAUGUGCGGAGCGUCCCGUACCGGGGUGUUCCGGCCGGGAUCGUCGUCGAUCAGGUACCCGCGGCCGGCGCAAAGGUAAGUCGCACCGAUCGGAUCGUCCUCACCCUCAGUCGAUAG